CGCGCGCGCGCGUUCACGAUUAGAAUUUCAAAGAUGUGUGGGGAAGUGAUUCUAUUUGUUUCUUCCCUAUCGGUUGUACUUUAAAUUUGACAGUUGUUAUUAAUUUUCUAACUGGAUGGGCAAUUCCAACGUAAAGAAAAAAUACCACGACCAUCAGAAAUAUGCUAGUCAGUAUAGUCUCAUUGACAUCAUCGGUGGAAGUUGUGCUGGGUCAACAAGAUCUUCUCAAGUAGAAAUCAAAUCAUGGUCACGUACCUCUUGUAGAAGUUCUUCUAAAACGGCCUGGCCAAUACCUAGGUCCGAAACUAUCUUUCUACCAGAAUUUAAAGUCAGAAAGAUGACUUUAAAUACAGAAUAUAGUUUUCUCGACGUCAUUGCUAAAGGUGCAUAUGGAAGAGUUUAUAAAGUUCAAAAUCGGGAAAAUAGGCAAGUUUUUGCUUUGAAAGUUAUUAGCAAAGCUAAAAUUGUCAGUGAGAAUGCUGUUACUCAGGCAAAACAGGAGGUAGCUAUACAAAGAAUGGUGGGACAUCAUCCCUUUAUAGUAAAUUCUACCCAUAGAUGGCAAAGUAGUAAAACAUUAUAUAUAUUAACAGAUUACAUGUGCGGUGGAGAAUUAUUUUCUUUAGUAGAGGAAUAUGGAUGUUUGCCUGAAGAAGUAGUUAGAAUAUAUGUUGCCGAGGUCGCUUUAGCUAUCGAUUUUUUACAUAAUGCUGGGGUGGUGCACAGAGAUUUGAAAGCAACAAAUAUUUUACUGGAUGAAGACGGGCAUGCAGUUAUUAUAGAUUUUGGUUUAUCCAAGUGGUUACAUCGUACGCAAAGGACAAAUACUUUUUGUGGGACUCCUGAGUACAUGGCACCAGAAAUUUUAAAAAGGCAAUCUUAUGGACAAGAAGUGGACUGGUGGUCUCUUGGCGUUUUGAUGUGCUUUCUCCUCACUAAUCGGUAUCCAUCCAUUGCACCAUGCGAACUUUUCUCAGAUCGCAUCGAGCAGAAUUCUCCCCUCCCACCGGGAACUUUACCAGUCGGUACAAAUCUCUCUCACGCAGCAACAGAUCUUCUCAAACGAUUAUUGCAGCCGGAUCCAUUAUUGAGACUUCGAUCGAUAUUAACCCUUCAAACGCUUGCUUUUUAUAUGGGCCAUAACGUGCAAAGUUAUAUGUAUAAAAAAGAAUCUCCAUUUAAGAUAUUGGGCAGGUCGAAAGAGGCAUCGAAGAAUUCUUUGAAUGCACAAAUGCGCUUUGACUUCGCCGACUUCGACUCCUUCGUCGUUAGAGAUCGUUGAAUGUGUAGAGCAAUGGUGAAAGAGAAAUCCGCACUAUAGUAAAAAAUGCAGCGUCUAUGUUCUAUAUCCAUUAAAUUUAUGGCGUAAACCAUUAUAAAACAAGAAUGAUGAACAGCCUUAAGCUUAAAUAAUUUAUAAUUUCAAUUAUUUUAUAUUCAUUUAGUCAAUGUAUGCGUGUAUGGAGUAAAUCUAACUAAUCUUGAAACAAUAGUA